GACACAUCUCAACUGAGCCUAAAUUGAAAUCACUGCUUCCUAUACGAUUGUCUGACUUUACUUUCGCACCCAAUAUCACCUUUAGUUGCCGGUAGAACACUGAUUGCUUUACUACAGAAUGGAUGAAAAUACUCCUCUAGUAUCUGCCGAUACCCAUGUUGGACGCUCCGUUAUCAAACCAGUCAUUGAGCGAGCAGUUGCCAAUGAUGGAGAUUCUCAAGCCACAGUGAACUGCCAAGUGUGCAGGCAAGUUAUUACUUUCAUCCCUCGUGAAAAGCAAAUGGUGGUUCGAUGUCCACACUGUUCUGAGGCGACGCCUAUCAAAGGUCCACCGACUGGGAAACAGUAUGUUAGAUGCCCAUGCAAUUGCUUACUUGUCUGCAAUGAAUCCACAAGCAAAGUUGGUUGUCCUCGCCCGGAAUGUCAGAAAGUUAUUGUUAUUCGUGAAGAGGAUAGUGUGGGCUUUAUGGGUGGUAGCAAUAGGUUUUUACAGGGUCCAGCUACACAUGGAACAUUUGGUACUCCUCAAAGUCUACGCCUGUCGUGCGGUAAUUGUAAUUCACCAUUUUCCAUACCAUCACCCGAAUCUCAUUCGUUUGGACGUGUGAACUUGUUUACUGCACUUCUAUCUGGCAGGAACGCUUCCAAUGCCGCAGGACUUAUAACAGCAAGAUGUCCACAUUGUCAUAAAGUUACAUCUGUUGGUCCAGCCUUUGCUCGUGCACACUGGAUAGGUUAUGGUGUACUUGCUAUCGUUGCUAUUAUUAUAGCUAUUAGUGUAACUGCAGGGACAGCAGAAGCUGCCAUAGGAAACAAUGCUUUGUACUUCCUUUGGUCAAUUCUUUAUCUGGUCGCUUUAGUUCUUUUGUCGCGUGCAGUAGUUUUCAUGAUCAUGCCAGUCAGUUCAGUCGAAGUACCUACUUUACAAAUCUAGUUAAAUAUUUAUCAUGGGAAUCAUAAAAAUCGUCAAAUCUCAGAACAAUCCUUACUUCUAAUUGUCAUGUUUUUUAUUAUCACAUUGCUAAUUUUUGAUGGGUUAUCAAUUUCGAUAAGGUAAUUGCUGAUCCCUCAAAAAUGGAACUGAUCACCAUGAUCAUAUUGAUUUAUAUUUACAUUGGACUGAUCAUUGUGUAAUUAAUGAUUUCAAAAUUGUAUCAUCGAUAAACAUGCAUAUUGUUAUCAUCUCAUUUGUGUUCUAAAAAAACAUGUGAAUUAUAUACACUCACGUGUGUUGUAGUCAUCAUAAUUUUCAUUUGAAGUGAGGGUAAUGUAAUCUUCUAUUUCCAUUAUUCGAAUACGAUUAUCCAUCUUAUACAGGAAUACGCUGUGAAUUACACGCAUGUAAAUGUUUGUUUCUACACUGAAAUUAAUGCACAACCAACCGAUUGUGGAUCAUGCUUUACACAUUGUCGAUUACUCAUGUGUAUAACAAUCGUAUCAUGUUGUAGCCUCUUAAUGUGUAUUCUACACAGCCCCGGUCUUCGUUAAAUAAUCAUUUAUUUUCUCCUAUUUAAUAAUUAUAUUUAUUAAAUUCAGCUGUUUGUUAUAUGUACGAUUUUAUUUGCUACUCUAUUUAUUUUACAAUCGAUGACUAUAUUUUGUGAUCUAAUUUUUGUUUAAUUACUAACCGUAUACUAUAUGGCUGUUACACUAUAGCCUUAAAAAAUCAGUCAUGAGUG